AUGGCGAGACGAAAUAAUUUGGACCGGACCCUGUUCGGUGGACGACAAGGCUCCGAAAGCUCUGCGAGUAGCUGGCAUUCACAAUCAACCGUAAAAGAUGAUCGGUCUGUAUCGAGCUUGCCACGCAAUGGAUCUGCUGGGCCGAAUAGGCCGGAUCAAAAGCGACUGGCUAGUUCUCAGACUGCACCGGCGAUAUACGCCCCAUCGCGCCCUGAGUCACCCUCGAUUUCACCAACCGAUCAACGCAAACCUGGCCUUCGGAGUCAUCGUAAGAAUCUCGCUCCUGUAGGAUCUAAUGACUACCCCCCGCCAAACUCUCACCCCCCUCCGCCUCCGCCUACUUCUGGCUCAUACCAACUUUCUUUGAAUCCUAUGGCCCACGAUCCCUUCAACACAGGAACAUGGUCAUCGUCGCCUUUACAAAACCAAUCACCCAACCCGGAAUCCGGCUCUUUCCUCCGCGACGCUUCUGAAACGGAGAGUUCUCCUCUGACCCCCAUAUUUCGAUCUACCAACGGAAACGCUUCGACCUUUGACAUUCGUGACUUUGGUUACAGAGACGAUAGACGGCAUUCUGCUGCAAGUAUAACGACAGCAAGCAGCAGCAAUUCCAAAUCGAGCCAAAACAACGGAAUUCGCAAACACAUGCACAGCUUGUUUGGCAGAGAUCACAACCACGGCGAAAACGGCGGCUCGCGGAGCGAUUCAGAUCCCAGUUUUCAUCAACAGCCCGGCUCUCGUGAGCAUUUGGCCACUCGCAGUCGAGGCGAUUCUGCAAGCUCGAGGCAUCUGUCAGAACACACCAGAACUCGAGCUGGCUCGCCGAGUGCUUCUCGACCUCGCACUCCUCUUCCUUCGAGCGAUGUCGUUCCGUGGGUGUAUCAGCAAUUUAAGGAUAUUCCCCAAUACGGCCAAGCCCCGGUUCGAAAACAACCCAUAGAUCCCGACAGUCAACGUUAUAUGAACGGGUCCAGUCAACCAGAUCGUAAAGAAGCACACAGGCUCUUUACAGGCCACCGGCAGUCUCGCAGCAAGGAAGGGAAACCUCCUUCCUCGGGUUCAGCCGAAUCUGUUCCUAAUCUUGCUCUCCCUGCCACCAACCACGGAAAAACCGACCCAACUUGGCGCCUUCGAGACCCUGGCGGCCUGCUGACUUCAACUGCGAUGAGCUCAUCAAGCAAUCUUGCGGGCCGUCCGAAUAGCCCUACUCCAAGCGCGCGAAGUGCCAUUUUCCCGCGAGAGAUGAAUGGUGGGCAAGAUUCUCCCGGAAUGCACCCAAAACAUGGACAUGGACUUCUUAGCAGGUUCCGUCGCCACAAGAGUCCGCACGAUUCUCUGAGAAGCCAGCCCGGCUCUACCAAAUCUCUCCACAACCCAACUAAAAAAGCGAAACGUAACGUAUCUCCGCUUGGUAGAAAUCGCCAAGGAAGCGUGGAUGGAAACGGUGCGACGCGACACAGCGACAGUCUCGAUUAUGACCGUAAGAAAAAAGGGCUGAUUCAUACGCCAAAGCUUUUUUAUCCACGUGGCUCUGCCCAAGAUACCUCUGCAAACAAAUCCCCUCGACCAGAGGAACCGGGCAUGUUCGAAAUGAACCUCGAUCUUAGAGAUAUGAGAGGAAUCGUUAGUGAAGACAAGCCACCGCUUAAUGAACCCGUCAUUUUCGACGGCAACAGCACCAAGGAAGACCCAAUCGCAAAAGAUGAUGCGCAAAAGGACAAAUGGAACCCCCCUGACAGCUGGGAAGUCAAGACAGGCAGUGACAAGGUUAUCGACAUGCUUCCUCACAUCGACAAUGAGGUCGAUGGCGAUGGGUACAUUGACAGGGGGAUGUAUUUUAUCCGUGUUUUUCGCAUUGACUCGACCUUUGCGACACUGUGUGCGCCCCUCACUGCUACAGUUUCACAUAUACUUGGCCUCCUUGGCAAAAAGUCGUUUCUGCAGGAUGACUUGGUGAAUUAUCAGAUUGUGAUGCGGAGAAAUGAUUUAUCGCGACAACUCGAACCUGGAGAACGUCCGAUUCUCAUACAAAAGAAGCUACUGGAGCAGGUCGGAUAUCAAGCUUCGGAUCAUAUCGAAGAUGUCGGACGUGACGACCACAGCUACAUAUGCCGAUUUAUUUUCUUACCUACUAAGCACAGUGGCUAUGCAAGUCUUGAUGUUGAUCCUGGAUUUAACAAGAACCAGAAGCAUGUCCAUGUUGACCUCCAAGGCCGCAGUUUGGUUACGAUUCCGAUCACUCUGUACAGGAGGGCGUCAGAAAUCAUCACUUUGAAUUUGUCGCGAAAUAUUUCUCUCAAUGUCCCCGGAGACUUUAUCACAAGCUGUCUGAACUUGCGUGAAAUCAGGUUCACGGCUAACGAGGCCUGGCAACUGCCUCCUAGUUUUGGCAAGGCUACUCGCCUGACCAACCUCGAUAUUUCCAACAACCGCCUCGAGAAACUGGAUCACACAGAUCUGUCUGACUUGCGAGGUCUGGUCAGCUUUAAAAUAGCCAACAACACAUUAUCGUCGCUCCCAUCCUAUUUCAGCAGAUACACCUCCCUGCGGAAUUUGACCUUGUCUUCGAACAACUUCGAGAUAUUCCCUGACAUUCUCUGCGACCUUCCAAGCCUGGUCGAUCUUGAUAUUAGUUUUAAUAGUAUUCGCGAGCUACCAAAUAUCGGCCGACUGAAGCACCUUGAGCGGCUUUGGGUGACUAAUAAUAUGCUGACUGGUCCGCUGGAUGAAUCAUUCCAGACCCUGAGGAGCAUCAAAGAAGUUGAUGCUCGGUUUAACGAGAUUACAAAUGUUGACAGCCUAAUGCAACUCCCGCGAUUGGAGCAGUUGUUACUCGGACAUAACGCCAUAACCAAGUUCAAAGGAACCUUCCCAAGGCUACGAACUUUGGUGCUGGACCAUUGUCCGAUCACCCAAUUCGAGCUCGACGGACCUAUGAAUACUCUCACUUAUUUGAAUCUAGCGUCAGGAAAGCUUGUUCAGCUCAAAGACUCUACUUUUGAAAAUCUCCCACACCUGACAAAGUUGAUCUUGGACAAAAAUCACUUUUCAUCUCUGUCUCAGAAUAUCGGAAAGCUACGUCGCUUGGAGCACUUCAGCAUGAUCAAGAGUAAAAUCUCAGCAUUACCACCUACGAUUGGCUGUUUGACAGAACUAAAGUACCUCAAUCUGCGGGAAUGCAACUUGGAUCGCCUACCAUCAGAAAUAUGGUAUUGCUUGAAGCUAGAGACACUGAACGUGUCCUCCAACCUUCUUAAAAGCUUCCCCAAGCAUACAGGCCAACCACCCUUGGCACCGGGCGAAUACGUCUCAGCGUCACCAGCCACAACUCCUGGCCUGUCGAAUACACCGAGCUAUGAGAAUAUGAACUUUUCAGGUGAAGGACAGUCGCGUCGACCUAGCCAAUCGUCAAACACACUGCUCAGUAUGGGUAGUCCGCCGGGGGUCGGUCGUAAUAACUCGACCACUUCCUACAUUACUGGAGGUCGCAAGGAAUCUACAGCUUCCCGAGCAUACACUGAGGUCUCGACUUCCACCCGCAAAGAUUCUAAUUUCUCACAGCGACUGUCAUCUACAUUUUCCGGCUCUUUGCGGGACUUAUAUUUGGCGGAUAACUGCUUGGAAGACGACAUCUUUGCCCAGCUGGCUUUCCUUCCAGAGCUACGAGUGCUCAACCUGUCUUACAAUGCGUUGACAGAGAUGCCCCAAGGACUUUUAAAGAGAUGGCAAUAUUUGUCAGACCUUUUCCUCUCUGGAAACGAAUUUGCCUCAUUACCUUCUGACGACCUUGAAGAGACGAGUAACCUAAAGACACUACAUAUCAACGGAAAUCGUUUCCAAGUCCUGCCGGCCGAACUGUGCAAGGUCAGCAAGCUCGCUGUUCUGGAUGUUGGAAGUAACUCGCUUAAAUACAACGUUUCUAACUGGCCAUACGACUGGAACUGGAACUGGAAUCGGAAUUUGAGGUAUCUUAACUUUUCAGGCAAUAAGCGCCUGGAGAUUAAGCCCAAUAUCGCUUCUUUGGGCUCGUCGUCUGUCAAUGGAACCGAUUUGACCGGCUUCAAUUCGCUAACACAUUUGCGGGUUUUGGGCUUGAUGGAUGUUACUUUGACCAUCAAGACAAUCCCGGAAGAAACCGAAGAUCGUCGUGUUCGAACUUCAGCAUCCCUCGCAGGGUUUCUGGAAUAUGGCAUGGCGGAUUUCUUAGGAAAGAAUGAGCACCUGUCCAUCAUAGAUAUGAUGGUUCCCCGACUGCGGUCAGAUAAUAUGGAGACUCUUGUUGGCAUGUUUGACGGUCAAAGCCAGUCGAUUGGCGGCUCCAAGAUUGCCAAAUACCUGCAUGAAAAUUUCACCAACUGCUUUGUCGACGAGCUGAAGAAGUUAUCAUCUGAUGAUGAGACGCCGUUGGAUGCUUUACGACGAGCCUUCCUCACCCUCAACAAAGAUAUGGCAGCAGCUGCGUACAAACCGGUCGACGAUCGAGAGGUUCGUCAGCUUGGCCGAUCAUCGACUGCCGCAAAGCUGCUAAACCAAGACGAUAUUAACUCUGGCGGUGUUGCUACUGUGCUGUAUCUCAAUGACAUGGACUUGUAUGUUGCCAAUGUGGGUGACGCACAAGCCGUUCUAGUCAAAGCGGAUGGAACCCUCAGGACACUCACAUUCAACCAUGAUCCAGCCCAACAAGACGAAAGGGCUCGCAUCCGAGAAGCCGGCGGCUUUGUUUCGCGUAAUGGGAAACUGAACGACAUCUUGCCGGUGUCUCGCGCAUUCGGCUAUUUCCCCUUGAUGCCCUCUGUGAUUGCAGCUCCUCACACUGCUCACCUUACCUUGACCGAGCAAGACGAAAUGAUUAUUGUUGCCUCCAAGGAAGUCUGGGAAUAUGUCACCUUCGAUCUGGCUGUUGAUGUGGCUCGAUCCGAGAGUAGAGACUUGAUGGUCGCAGGUCAAAAAAUCCGUGACCUUGCAAUUGCAUUCGGGGCUUCUAACAAGUUAAUGGUAAUGAUACUUGGAAUAAGUGGGCUGAAGACUCGUGGUGAAAGGUCCAAGUACCGACCCAACGUGGGCAACUAUCCGUCAGAAGCUACUCUUACCUCAAAGCGACCUCGGAGACACCGUGAUGCUAUUGGGGACUCAAGACUCGCUCGCUUCGAUUAUGUGGAUGCUCCUAUUGGCGAACUAGCCAUCAUAUUUACCGACAUUAAAAAAUCCACCUCACUUUGGGAGACGUGUCCGGAUGCCAUGCGGUCUGCCAUCCAAAUUCACAACGAGGUGUUACGACGCCAAUUGGGCAUUGUUGGUGGUUACGAAGUGAAGACUGAAGGAGAUGCAUUCAUGGUUGCAUUUGCUACGCCUAGUGCCGCUCUUUUGUGGUGUUUCAACUGCCAAAUGCAACUUUUGGAGGCUGAAUGGCCCAAAGAAGUCCUGGAGCAACCGCAGUGUAAAGAGUAUUACGAUCAGGAUGGAAAUCUCAUUUUCAGAGGUCUGUCGGUCCGAAUGGGUACCCACUGGGGCGAGCCAGUCUGUGAAAAAGACCCCGUCACAAACCGUAUGGAUUAUUUCGGUCCCAUGGUGAACCGUGCCUCGCGUAUCUCCGCUGUUGCCGAUGGCGGUCAAGUUUUCGUGUCGUCAGAUUUCAUGAGUGAGCUUGACCGGAUACAACGGUAUUAUGCAGAGAACGAACGCUCUUCUUCAGUUGGUUCCGCUAGCGACUAUGACGACCCGUUCCAAAACGUUCGUCGUGAGCUGCAGCAACUCAACAUCCUGGGCUUUGAAGUUAAAGACCAAGGGGAGCGUAAACUCAAGGGACUUGAAAAUCCGGAGCCUGUCUAUCAAGUUUCUCCCACGGCUCUAUCAGGCCGUCUUGUUGUCCAGGAGGGCAUUGCUCCACCUGAAGAACGCAAUCCUGUCACUUUGCAAGUCGGCUCCCAGCUUGAUAUCGACCCGAACUUCCUCUGGGGACUCUGGGAUGUCACACUUCGUCUCGAACGUCUCUGCAGUUGCUUGGAGGUGCCAUCUGCCCAGUACCACAGCACCCCGGACGUUUCCUUGAUGAACGCUAUUCAGAAUGGAGGAGGUGAAAUGACGGAUUCAGCGAUUCUCGGUCUGCUUGAUAUCCAGAUAACCAGGCUUGAGGGAUCCGUAAACACUCUCGCGCUACGUCACAUGUUGAAUCCAUUCAAACAGGGAGAUACUUUGCAAGACCACGCCAUGCCUAUGGGAGACAUUUUCGCGCAUCUCCAGAGCCAGCUCGCAGAGUUCCAGGCGAUCAAAGAAUCACUCAGCCAUACUAAUGCCGUCCUUGUUCCUAACCCUAAAACUCACAUUGGGCUGAGUUUCGAGACCCCGAGUGCUAGUAACAGUGUUGCUAGUUCGUCGGCGUCAUCACGUGCGCGACUGACUUAG